GUAUGUGCAGAACAACAAUUGUUGGACUCCACAGGACAAGUAAAUAGAAUAGUACAUCCUUGCAGUUUAUCCGAUUUCUCAUCCCAGCAAAUUCCACAUGGGUAUAUUUCAGGAGCAGACACAUGUGGACUGUCAACAUUUCGCCACGUCCCGCAAACUGACUGCUAUUCCCCGGGACUGGAGAUAGCCAUCCACUAUGGUGUAACUCUACAGUUCUGUGCAGAGGCUUGCUGUGCAGCCUCCUCGUGCCUGUCCUUUCAGUACAACACCUGGUCCAGCUGCUAUUUGAAACCAAUGCUCUGCUCUGAUGAGGAAAAAAAAAGUACAGGAAGUGGCAACAUGUAUGACUGGUCAUUUGUACCAGCCUUAGCUGCAAGGAACAUAGCUCUUGGCAUGCCCGCUGCACAGUCAAGUACUGAUCCACACUGGCCAGGCUCUGCUGACUUAGCUGUGGACGGUAACAGGAAUGGCUACUACGAUGAGAGUGAUCCGGCCUGCUUCCAUACUAAGAGUGAAUGGAAUCCGUGGUGGUACGUGGACCUCGGCUUUUCUCAGCGGAUUGGCCAGGUUGUCAUGUUCAACAGAAUGGACCAUACCUGGCAGCGGCUGGAUGGCUUUAAUGUCUAUGUCGGCGAUGAUGAAACAGUCGAGAAGAAUCCGGUUUGUGUGGCCAAUCAGCCAGUACACACAAUGGAAGUCAGCUAUACAGUCAGCUGCUAUGGGCUGAUGGGGCGAUAUGUGGGGAUUCUUCUGCCCAAAAAGGAGGUCUUCAAUUUGUGCGAAGUUGAGGUGUAUGAAGCGAGAGAAAGGACCAACCUUGCCUUGGGCCAGCCAGCUGAACAGUCAGGUACUAUGUACGGAGCCAUUGCAGGCCGAGCUGUUGAUGGGAACAGAGAUGGUAACUUUUACCAAGAAUCUUGCACCCAUACGGCAUGGCAGGACAGUAACUGGUGGCGGGUUGAUCUCGGUGCCAGCUACAUUGUUGAUGAGGUGGUGGUGUUCAACCGGCAGGACUGCUGCUCCACACGGCUGGAUAACUUCGUGGUGUACGUCGGGAGUGAUCCAGUGGUGACCCUGAACUCUCCAUGUGAGCCUGAGCAAAGAGUGACGACGAAUCAAGCUGGCUAUCCAGUGCAGUGCAGGGGACUGAGGGGUCGAUAUGUUGGGAUCCACCUCCCAGUUUACGGCACUCUGGCACUGUGUGAGGUUGAGGUAUUUGGAGGUGGGCUGUUUGAAUUGCUGUCUGCACCUCUGUGGUUGCUACAAAGUUGGACACACUGUCUUAUUAUAUACGCUUCACUUUCAAUGUAACUGAAACAUUUUACAAUUCUCUUUGUAGCA